AUGCGCGCCCCGCCCACUCCCCUCUUUCUGAGUCUCUUUGCCUUGUUUUCGAUUUCCGCGCUCGGUGCGCCGAGCUCCAUCGCCGCUACAAGCAGACCCCUACCCACCGCCUCAUCCUCUUCCCUGCCUCCCAUCGACGUUCUCGAGGCAAGCCACGAGGGGGCAAAGAAGGGAGAAGUUAUCAAAAGCGCCAAGCUGGCUCCGGGCUUCACUUGGGGUACAGAUCCCAUGCGAGGGGUCAACAUUGGCGGCUGGCUGGUACUUGAACCAUGGAUAACACCUUCCUUAUUCGAAAAUAAACCAGAUUGGGUGGUAGACGAGUGGACGUAUGGCGAAUACAUGAAGACACAGAAUAACACGAUGGACGAGAUCAGAAGCCACUGGAACAACUGGUUCAAGUAUGCCGAAUUAGAAGAAGGCAUUCGCGACUCUCGUCAAUGGUUCUCCAAUACCACCAACCUUGACCGCACCUACUCUGCCCUAUCCGUCCUCACUUCUGAAUUCACCCAAUCCUUCUACAACUCUACAGUGGUCGCCAUCGAACUCAUCAACGAGCCUUUUUCUUACAAUGCGGCGGAGCUGGAUGUACUGAAGGGGUUCUAUCAAGGGGCGUAUGGGACGGUCAGAGGAGCGGACCAGAAGGCGGGUGGAGGAGGGAAAGAUGUGGCUGUGGCCAUCGACGAGGGGUUUCAGGGGCUGACUACCUGGGAGUCGUUCAUGCAGGCGCCAGACUACCAAAACGUCGCUAUGGACACUCACGUAUACAUGAUGUUUGAUCUUAACCUCAUUGCAAUGGGGUAUACGGAGAGCCUGGACUGGUACUGUGGCCAAGCAAGCUUCUUAAGCCGGUCCAACAAUGUUCAUUGGACGAUAGUGGGCGAGUUUGUCCCGGCGAACACGGACUGCGCUUACUGGCUGAACGGUCGAGGGCGUGGUGCCCGAUACGACAACACUCUCAAUACCACAGCCUCCCUGGAAUACCCAGGCGACUGUUCAGUCAAAACAGGAACCGACCCAAGCAAAUUCUCUAACGAAUACGUGCAAUAUCUGGCAAAGUCUUUCGAGGUCCAAUCAUGGGUUUAUGAGCAAGCCAGCGGGUGGGUGAUGUGGACUUGGAAGACGGAACGAGCAGCAGAUUGGUCGAUGCAGACUGGCAUCACUUAUGGCUGGAUACCUACUCCGAUAUAUUCAAAACCUCACGGGUAA